AUGUGGACCAUCAUCCAGUCACAUGAUGGAGAAGGCCCAAGGGUAGCUACUAUUUGCUGUAAUCAAAAAUGGGCACCCACUAUCAUCAAAGCUACCAGAGAUGCAGUAACAAUGGCGAUUGAGGCAAAAAAUCUUAGAAUACUAGUUACUAACAUCUACAUCCCUCCCACGGCAGACAUUUCUGAAUCACUAGAUCUACAACAAAGAAUUCUGGCUGAUUACCCCAACGAACAGCACCUUCUUGCGGGGGACUUUAAUGCGCAUUCUGAAACCUGGGGAUAUCCACAUACGGAUCUGAGAGGACGUGCAGUAGAAGACUUUGUGGCAAGUAAUGAUCUAUCCAUUCAUAAUGAGCCUGAAUGCCUGCCUACGUUUGAAACCGUUAAUGGCAAAGGGUGGCCGGAUUUAACGCUCUCAUCUGCAGCCCUGACCCCAAAGAUAAAAAAUUGGACAGUUGAGGAUUCCAUUACCAACUCAGAUCAUAGGUACAUUACCUACAGUAUAAACCAACAGCAUGAAAGGCUAGUAAUGAAGCGCUAUAAGCUUACCAGAAGUAAAACUACUCAAUUUUCUAGGAAAGCACGUCCAAUCCUAAAUAGAUUAUUAAUGGAGCUGCCAAACACCAUAACAGUCAAAGACGCGGAAGAAUUGACCAAUAAUUUGAUCAGUGACCUCCAAAUUAUCUGUGACAGCACCUUUGCGCUGAAAACCCCCAAAAUGCUACACGCUGCAAACUGGUGGACCAGGGACCUCAGAACACAGCGUAGCCGUACCAGAGCUAUGCGCAGGCGCAUGAAAGCAGAAAGAGAUCAGGAAGCUAGACAAUUACUAUCCAUAGAAUAUAAUAAAGCGCAGGCCAAGUAUAAAAAGGCCAUAUUACGGGCCAAACCAAACUUGAAAGCUGGAAAAAAUUCUGCACUGAUCAUAGAGAUACCUAUGGGAUUCUGCACCAAAUAG